ACUAGCAGCAAAAACAAAACACAGUUACAAAGUACAUAUGUAAUAUGUAAUGUAAUGACUAAAAUCCACCAACUUUUUUGAGUUGUACUUUUGAUUUUUGAUUGAUUUUGAUUUGAUUAUCACAUGCAUUUACACACAUAAUAAGGACAAAAAGGGGCAGUGGUGGCCUAGUGGUUAACGAAGUGGACUUAUUUUUCACCUUCGAGAGCAAGAACAGCUUUCUGUUAAUGUUUUAAUGUCGAGUAGGGCUUUAUUCAUCCCCCUUGGGGGAAACAUACUACGAAAUAUAGUAACGAAAUAUAGUAAAAAUACCACUUUUAGUCCAGUGCUGACAGAGACAUAAUGCCAUUGUAGACUAGAAAUAUACAUUCAGUAGUAGAUGUGUGGAGGUGUGGAGAGACUGGUCUAACAACAUUCUGUUUUUUGUAAAAAAAACAACAUGGCGUAAAACAAGGGCAAUCACAUACAUCUGUACAGGUACUGUUAUUGAUUCUAAUCAUCUAUGAAAAAUUCAUUUAUCUGCCAAAAACAUUAGCAUUAGCUGCUAAAUCCCUUCCUUCUUUUUUAAAUGUGAGAGUAACAGUUGUAUUAAUGAGAAGAAAAAAAACACGGAUUAUGUAUUAUGGAUUAUGUUAUAUUACAUGGAUUAAAUGACUAAUACUAGUGAUAGAAGUACUACAGUACUAAAGGGCUCUAGGAUAAUAAGGAUUUAGCUCCAGCACAUGACAAUAACUAAUGUGUGUUGUGGAUUAGUAUACAGAAUAUAGUUCUACUCACUAAGCAGAUCUCUUUUGUCUUUUGUCUCUGCAGAGGUGAGCGAGCUCACACCAAGGCUUUCUGAUGAUCACUCUGCACCACGUUGCCUUUGGCUUUGCCAUAAUUCUCAGUAUCUUUGUCAUUUUUCUGACAUAUUACAAACCUAAUUUCAAGCUCCCUGCUUUGACCUUUUACCAGGAGAGGGUGAACAUCUCCUGCCAAUGUGCUAACACAAGCUGUCCCUCAGACCUCCAGGUCACACCCACUCCCACUGAUGUCAAGAAAAACCAGGUGGACACUAGGCCUGACACCAUCGUGUUGCUCUGGAUGUGGCCCUUUGGCAGCAAACACCCUCUCAGCUGUGAUGAAUUUAACAUCACAGGAUGCCAUGUGACCGUUGACAAGUCGGUUUACCAUCAAGCCCACGGGGUUCUCUUUCACCACAGAGACAUUGGUAACACAGCCAUGCCAACAGAGCCACGCCCCUGGUUUCAAAAAUGGAUCUGGUUUAACAUGGAGUCGCCGGGAAACUCUGGUAAAAUCCCCAACCUUGAUAAUUCAUUCAACUUGACCAGUGGUUUUCGUCUGGAUGCAUCUAUGCCUAUGCCUUAUGGGAGUAUGGAGCAACUACCAUCUGUGAAAGAGUCUUUUGAACUACCAACAAAGACCAGGCUCAUCUGUUGGGUUGUGAGCAACUGGCACGAGAGGUUAGAACGAGUCAAGUACUUCACGGAAUUGAAACAAUAUAUCAACCUGACACUUUAUGGAAGAGCUUUUGGAAAACCCCUAAAUGACCACGACUAUGAGAACCUGGUGUCUAGCUGUAAAUUCUAUCUCAGUUUUGAAAACUCUAUAUACAAAGACUACAUUACGGAAAAAUUAUAUCGCCCCAUGAUGUUAGGCACGUUGCCUGUAGUUCUGGGUCCUCCCAGGGAAAAUUAUGAGAGGCUUGUCCCUCCUAACUCCUUCAUUCACGUCAAUGAUUUUCCUUCUCCAAAGGAACUGGUGGACAGGCUGCUUUACCUCGACAAAAACGACAAUGAGUACCUGAAAUACUUUGAGUGGAGAAAAUGGUUUACAGUGACAAGGGCAAAGUUUGCUCAGGAAGCCUGCUGCAGGGCAUGCGUUUACAUACGCAACAACAAAGGCUACCAGGUUUUUGCUAGUAUUAACAAAUGGUACUGGGGCUGAUGCUGCUCAGAAAGGCGAGAUGAGAAUGUGAAAGAGUCUCACUGAGUGAGUACAUAAGGAAUUUGAAUUAAAUGUUUUGGGGCACACAGGGGAAAACGUUGUGUUAGAAACAAAUCUGUAACAAUGCCUGAGAGUACAGUUAGCUGAAGACAAGGACGACAAAUAAUGUAUGAGGAGUAAUUAAGUGUCUAUUGGUCACAGCAAGGUGUCGUAAAAACCCGAUCAAUUUACUGUGAAAAAAUUCAAAGUUCAGUUAAUUGGUCUGAAACCCAAUAUUUGUUUUUUUUUUUUUUUUUAUUUAUCUAAGUGACAGUGGCAGAACGAACCAUUUCAUUUUAAUUUUAAUUUUAGUUUUAUUACAUUUUCCAACUAAAAAAGAGGCGGACUUGCUUUGGAGGCAGCUGUUUAGAUUAUGUGUGUUUGUCUUGCAAAUAUAUUAAAUUAUAUUAAACUGCCUUUGCCCUAGAGCAGGGGUCGGCAACACGUGACAACCCGCAUAAAUGCAACACACUAUAGUUUUUUAUACACAGGAUUGUGUAUUGGAUUGUGAUGUAAAAUCUCUAUAGUGGCGCUGGGAUAUUUCUAGUUUUUAUUUUCAUGUUUUCGUCACAGCGAUAUAAUCCACAGGAGCUGUUGGUUUUACAGAGACCUGUUUACAAUUAAAUUGUUGAAUUUGACAUCAGGCCAUGUUUUGUUGGGCCCUAGUUACUUUUUCUUAUGCCAGUUUUAUUUUAUUCUAUAUUUUUUGUUUGAUGUAUUAUUGUUGGGUUUUUUUGUAUUAUCUCCAAGGUCAUGUGACAAUUAAAGAUUCUUGAUUCUUCUUGAAUAUCUUGUCAUUUAUUAAAGAAACCAGAAACAUGAGCUUAAACAUUGCUCAAGUUUAUCCUCGACUGACAAUGAUUCAAUUUCAGUAAAUUAUCAUGGGGAAAAAAUCCAAAGGACAUUCAGGGUAAGUUUACUAAAAAUAAUGCUAACGGUGGGCUGCAUGCAAGACUUUCUGUGGUAUUUAUGAUGCAUUCCAUGCUGUGGCAUUAACAUAGUAUACAUAGUAACAUAGUAUAUUUGAAGAUCUUCUUCUCUAUCCUUUCUUUCUCCAGAGAUGAGCAAUGUCUUAUCUAGGCUGCCAGGUGAGUUCCCUGCGCAUGUGUAUCCUCAUCUGUAUCGUAGUGCUGUUGUUUGUUUGCAGUCGUUUUUGUGACGUAUUACAAGCCUGAUGUUAUGGUACCAUCUUUAAACUUCUAUAUGGAUGGAGCCAAUAACUCUGGUCAGCCUCCACGGGCGACUGAACUCCAGAUGAACACUGUUGUCUUGAUCUGGAUGUGGCCUUUUGACGUUGAGCACGACAUCCAGUACCACACAUUUAACAUCACAGGAUGUCGAGUGACAGCUGACAAGUCGGUUUAUCAUAAAGCCCAUGGGGUUCUCUUCCACCACAACGACAUCAAAAAGACGACCAUGCCAACAGAGCAACGUCCCAGGUUUCAAAUGUGGAUCUGGUUCAACAUGAAAUUGCCUGCAAACGUGGCUAUGAAAGCUAAUAACGCAAAACUGUUUACCCAGCGACUGCUCGGAUGGAAAUGUUAACCCUAACCAUAACCCACAGUGGAUAUUAGUAAAAUGAAUGCAGAUUGUAAAUAAAAUAACUCAAUGUGUAUUCUGUAAAUUAUGUGAUGGCAUUUUUAAAGACAGCAGUUUCACAAGUUAUGCAUUUAUUUAGUAUGUUUUGGGCUUUUUGGAUCGCUGAAAAUGAAAUUUAAAUCAAACAAACAAAAAUAACAAGGACAGAACUGAAAAUGACUCAACAAACGUUAUUUGAUGCUAACUUUAAUUUUACAAAAUAUAGUACAUUUGAUCCUAAUUUUCUUCAUCUUCUCAAGUAUAGUGCACGCAAACGAAAUGCCAAUAGUAAAACGUUUAUUACCAUCUAGUGGCCACUAUAACAUAUUGCAGUAACGUUAGAGCACAUCGAAAUGUAAAAACAAUUACGGGUAAACAUUGAUUAGCUAUUUCACAAUAUUUAAAUAAUAUUUUAAUUGGUGGUUUUUGUGUGUGUUUUUUAAACAAAAAUGUACGUAUAAUACUGCAAACUUCUAGCAUUUUCUGUCAGGCAUUACCUACUUUUGAUUGGUUGAAAAACACGUACAGUGAAUACCAUGUUACAGUUAAAACUUUAAAGUAAUGUGAGCUAAUAAAGUAACAAGGUAUUUUACACUGAAGUUUUUUUUUAUUUUAUCGACAUAAAGAUUAAAAAAGUUAGUGUAUAAUAGAUUUAUUUUCCACAUAUAAAUUGUAUCACGUGAAGCAGAAUGGCCCGUACCACGUCAAUCUAGUGCGGAUAAUCAAAAUACGGUAUGGAAUAUACGUUUUUUUCAUUGCCACUGCUUGGCGUUAUAUAGAUAUAGAUUCUC